AUGCGCCUCUGGAAGAUACUGCUGCCAUGCCUCCUCGGCCUGGCGCUGGCCAACCCGCCGCAGCCUCAGAAGACCGAUCUGGCCGGUGCGAGCCGUGCACCCAUCGAUCCGGCCGCUGCCGGAUUCUACCGUUGGCUUGUCAUCGUACGACACAUGUUGCCUGGUUAUCGCCUCGUCUCCGCCAACGUCCCUCAUAGCUUUGGCGGCAACAUACAAGUGACAGAGGAUACUUUUGCCUGGUUCCGGCAACAAGGCAUCGGACACGUGAUAUUCUCCGAUGCGGAUGGGAUUGCGGAACACACCCUGGCGGCUUUCCGGAACCAUAACAUGGAAGUGACAAUCGUCCCUCGCUUUGGGGACGACAUGGAACAAAACUGGAUCUCGCUCUUCGCCGUGUGGCUUGCCUUGCGACGAUUCCACGACGGCACCGCCGUCUUGUCUGACAGUGACGCGGCCUUCGGCUGGGGCGGUGUCGUAAUUUCGGCAUUGCAGAUGCUAUGCCUCAAUGAAAUGGGACUGCUGCACAAAUUCACCAAGGAUGACUAUUCGCGGAAUGGCAUCAACAGAGUGUUCAUGGUUCAGUUUGCAAACACUUUUUUGAAACACCCCGCGGCGGCCAAGGAGAAAAACAAAUACGCUUCGGGACAGCAACCGUCCUGUAGCCGUCAAUCAGCCGGUCCUGCAAGGGCCGUCCCCAAUGUUGAUGAGAAUAACGAGGCAGGUCCGAGUGCACCGUCAAGGCACGAUUCGUGUGAGUCGUUCGAUUUGCACAAUUUAACCGUCGCCAUGCUGCAAGAAGCGGACGACAUACGGAGAGUUUUGAAUGCCACGAUAUCGGAGCGAUUGACAUGGGAAGAUAUUUUUACCCGCUCUUGCCCCGACAUGGCCAAUGUGCCCCCAAAGGCGGUUGUUGCACCGAUUCCCUUUGCUCAGGAGAGAGCUCUCGCCACCUCUCCACCUGCUGCUGCCGUGGCUACCCCUCGUUGGCGGCCUCGUCCGCGGCCUAUUACGAAUCUCGAACCACAGCAGCUGGAGAAUGCCCUGCCCCGGCAGUCAGGGUAUAGCGGGCGCCAGCAAACAGACGUUCUGGAGGAUCCGGACGACGAGCCGGAUACCGUAGCCACAUCCUGUGUCCCUGCCGCAUGUUUUGAUUUCUUGGCCUUGUUCUUUGGAAGGAAGCCGGGCUCCACCAGACGAUCCGAAUCGUCGUACGCGCACAACGAUGGCAACAACCCUAACAAGACGGCAGAAACGGAGAUACGACAACUAUGCGAAACGGCCAUAGAUUUGGCGGCAAAGAAAAAUCAUACGUGGUGCGAGAGCCUAGACGAGGUCGAGGUAGGCUUCGAGAUGUCUCCCGAAUUUCUCGCCGGUACCUGGGAUUGCUUAGGUAUUGCCUUAAACCAAACGUAUGGUAUGUUUAAGCAGCAAAUUGCAGUGAAACCCAAUGCUGGCUCCGAAGCUUGGUCCGCUCUCGACAUACAAGCUUGGCUCGGCAAGGGCACGACUAGCGUUAGUCUUAACAAAAUUCGCAUGGUCGAUCUAACAGUUAGGGAGUGCGGCUUUCCAUAUCCAUUUGCACCCCAUGAUGAUAAGUUUAAAAUCAAAGCUUUCAAGAUACGCGGCCGAUGCGCCGGUACAAAGGUUAGGGCUACCCUCGACUAUCAUAGCGGAUCUGCCGUACAGGAACAUCAUCAUUCGUUAGGAAGAGUCUAUUGGGAUGCUUAUCAUACAGAGACAUUUGCAUCCGUCCCUAUAGCUUCUCGAGACUGGAAAUUUCAUCCGAUAUGCCAAACCAUCCGCGAGUUGUGGUACGAAUUCCAACUCGAAUUCCAACUGGUAGGUAGCUAUGGGGGUUUGCGGGACCAGGGCAUAUUCGACACUAUACGAUUCGACCUUGGCACGGAGAAAUCAGUCUUUGUGGCCCAAGCACCAUUGGAGGGAAGCCUUGUAUCCGGCACCGUUAAUCUCAUUGACCUUUUCGGUACAAUGGAGGUUCAUCUAAACGAUAUUAAAAGCAUCAACUUGAUCGACAUUCCCGCACACGACGAAGGUGAUGGCAACGAUAGGUGGCAUUUUCAAGGCAUUAAAUUUACUGCCAUUUGUACCAACGAUUACCGAAAGCUUGAGUUGACAAAAUUCGCUACUGUAAAGGAACAGUUGCGGUAUUCUUCUGACAGAAAGUAUGUCUGGUCUCGCAAACUCUUUGCCGGGGACUGGAAAACCGUACCAUUAGAGAAGACUCUAGUAGGGACGUUGACUGAGCUACUCGAAUACCCAACGAACAUGCACGCGGGGUUACCGAGUACUGGAGGCCGUGAUUCUGCACUGGUGCGUAACGACGAAACCACGCAGGACCUAGUAUUCUUAAGAAGCUGGCCUGCAGCGUGCAACACGAGAAAGCUUACAGCCGUCACCCGGCACGCUCGCGAUUCUUUCAGGUUACUGCGUCGUACUGCAUGUAUUCUUGCGUCGACCGCCAGCUCGCCUCGCAGAGGUGCCCAUCGUGACGCUCGCUGCACCUACCCUGCCCUCUCGCCUUGCCCCCUGGGGCGGUUCCCACCCGGCAAUAUGCUCGCCAUGUGCCCCUGGAAGCUACUGCUGCCAUGUCUCCUCGGCAUGACGCUGGUCCAUCCACCGCCUCGGGAGAGCGAUUUGCCUGGCACGAGUAGGGAGAUGGUCGAUCUACGUGCUAAUCAGUCCUUCCUCCGCACCGUCGUCGUCGAAAUCAUCGUCGUCAUCGACUUGACGCCUGGUCACGGACCAUCCGUCGCCAAAGCUCCGAACGGCAAAGGCGAUCACCAUCAGACCGAGGACACGAUCAAAGCUUGGAAGCAACAAGGCACCAAACGGCUAGUGGACCCUAAUCCUCCCAGGAACGCCGAAAACAUUCGGGUGGCUCUCGAGCAGAACGGCAUCAUGUACACAAAUGCGCCCAUGUGGAACCUCGAUGAGCUCAACUGGCACCCGUUGCACACGGUCUCGGACAAGCAUCAAGGUUUCCCCAGCAGCACCGUGGUUUGA